CCACAGCAGGCUUUGUAUCCAUCCAGGGGGACCGGCUGCUGGCAUUCUCUCCUGCAACUCCAGUCGCCAGAGAGGCAUCAUGGGCUUCGGGAAGUCCUCCCCCUUCUUGGCUCUCAGCAUCUUGGUCCUGUGCCAGGCAGGCGGCCUCCAGGCAACACCGCUCAGGUGGGCCUUGGAGAGCCUCCCAGACUCUGAACUUGCUGCACUCAGUGAGAAGGAAGGGCACCUCCUGGCAUCACUGGUGAAGGCCUAUGCACAGAGGAACACUAACGAGCUGGACCAGCCUGAGGAGCAGGAGACAGAGGCAGAGGACUCCAGUGUCACUCACCAGAAGAGAUCCUGCAAUACUUCCACCUGUGUGAUCCAUCGGCUGGAAGACUUUCUGAGCAAACAUGGGGGAAUGCUUAAGGAAGGCUUUGUGCCCACUGAUGUGGGCCCCAAUUCCUUUGGCCGUCGCCGUAGGGAAGUUCAGGCCUGAGCUUCUAGAGGACUCCAUCAAGAAGGUUACAAUGAAGCUGAACUCACCACUUCUAUUAAUUUCUGUUGACAACAACUUGGUGAGAAGACCCCAGGGAAGAUAUACAUGUUUGCAUCCAAAUAGAUUUUAAAAAAAGCCCCUUUUUCACUCAAAAGGAAUGAAAUUAAAUGCAAAAUAAACAAAUUCCAUAUUUGUUGUGCAUCCUUUUUAUAUUUGAUUCUACGUGCAAUAAACAUGAUUAUAUCUCUCAUCAGCUUAUCUGGUAGCAAACUGGUUCUUUGAGAGCUAUCCUGUUGUUCAUGCAGCUUUGCCAAACCAUAGGGGGAUGUGAAAUCACUGCCCCUGGUGGUCUCUGGGGGGAUGCUAUGCUUUGUUUUAAUGGUGAUGCUAUGCCUUGUUGUCUGAGAGCCUGAUUGUAUAAUUUAUUUAAGGAAAUGUCAAU